AUGUACGACAUCCAGACUGCAUACAAGGGUCUCGUAUACUCAAUAAAGCUCAAGAUGGAAUUCACAAUCCUCAACAAGCUCGUCGAGAUGACUACGGGUACUAGAGAGCCCAGCUCGAGCGACCAAGGCAAAUCGUCGACCUAUGGGCCAAAAACCGUAACUGGCCACGCCAUCGAGUUAAAGACUAAAACAGGUGGAAAAGAAACCGCCGUGGGUCGCGAUCCAAAUGUUUCGUAUCAGGCAUACGCGCAGGGUGGAGAGAGCGAAGAGGACAUCACCCGCUACCGUGGCACUCAUCCAUCGAGGGCGGACAACUCCGGGGUUAUCAUGACAACGGAGAUCGUAGUCCAAAGCGAGGAGAGAAAGACGGACUCAGAUAGUGAUACCAUUCAAGAGCCAAGUUCCGUGGCAAGGCCGGAUCCUAAGCGGGAUAACACGGAUAGUCUGUCCACUUCAUCUUCAGAACUUCAUUUAGCAACGAAUCGGGGCUUUUAA